GCCUAUACGGUAGUCUACUGCACAUAGAGGGCGUUUUCCCAGCAUGAGAAACAUUUCAUCGGUACACCCAGCUGGGUAAUGCAAACCCACAUACUACAUCACUGAACACAAAUCAGAGAGGGAAGCAAGCUCAAGUAGAGUGCGGAGCAUCUAGACCAGAGUGUAUAGUGUGAACCUGCCACAUGCGUUUGGACUCUUACUGCACAGCCGGUGGAUAUUUAAUCACUAUCGGAGAUUUUUUCUCCUUUUAAAGUGGCUCUAAAUAUAUCAGCGAACUUGAUUAGACUAAAAUACCUCCUGUUCUUGAUGAUACAGCGCUGUUUUUAAACACCGCGGCUGACAGGAUAUGGCGAGUGUUCAGCCGGUGGCCACGCCGGGAGAUAGAACACCUCAUCCCGGCCACAGGCAUCACGGAGCCGCCGCCGCGGGCUCCGGUACCGGUGACAUGAUGAUGAUGAUGUCUUGCUCCGGCUCGGUGGUGCUACCGGCCGGGGUGAUAAACCCCUCGGUUCCCAUCCGGAAUAUCAAGACGAAAUUCGCAGUGCUCACCGGUCUCAUUCAAGUCGGCGAGGUCAGCAAUAGAGACAUAGUGGAAACAGUGUUGAAUCUGCUGGUUGGUGGUGAGUUUGACCUGGAGAUGAACUUCAUCAUCCAGGAUGCCGAGGCCAUCAUCUGCAUGUUGGAGCUCCUGGAACACUGUGAAGUCACGUGCCAGGCGGAAAUCUGGAGCAUGUUCACCGCCAUACUGCGCAAGAGUGUCCGAAACCUGCAGACCAGCACUGAGGUUGGCCUCAUUCAAAGGCUAUUGCUCAAAAUGAGCUCUGUGGAUGACAUGAUCGCAGACUUGCUGGUGGAUAUGCUGGGAGUUCUGGCCAGCUACAGUAUCACCGUCAAAGAACUCAAAUUGCUCUUCAGCAUGCUGAGAGGAGAAGGAGGAUUGUGGCCAAGACAUGCAGUCAAACUGCUCUCAGUUCUCACUCAAAUGGCACAGAGACACGGACCCGACACUUUCUUCAACUUCCCUGGCCGAAGUGCAGCUGCAAUUGCAUUACCUCCUAUUGCCAAAUGGCCUUAUCAGAACGGCUUCACCCUCAACACCUGGUUUCGCAUGGAUCCUUUGAACAACAUCAACGUGGACAAAGACAAGCCCUACCUUUACUGUUUCCGCACAAGCAAAGGCAUCGGCUACUCGGCACAUUUUGUGGGUAACUGCUUGAUUGUGACAUCAUUGAAGUCGAAAGGAAAGGGCUUCCAGCACUGCGUGAAAUAUGACUUUCAGCCCCGCAAGUGGUACAUGAUUAGCAUCGUUCACAUCUACAACCGCUGGAGGAACAGUGAGAUUCGCUGCUACGUCAAUGGACAGCUGGUCUCCUACGGUGACAUGGCUUGGCACGUCAACACCAACGACAGCUAUGACAAAUGUUUCCUCGGCUCAUCUGAGACGGCAGACGCCAACCGAGUGUUCUGCGGACAGCUCGGAGCCAUCUAUGUGUUCAGUGAAGCGCUAAACCCUGCUCAGAUAUUUGCCAUCCAUCAACUAGGCCCAGGAUACAAGAGCACCUUUAAAUUUAAAUCGGAGAGUGAUAUCCAUCUGGCUGACCACCAUAAACAAGUGUUGUACGAUGGAAAGUUAGCAAACAGCAUCUCCUUCACUUACAACGCCAAAGCCACAGAUGCUCAGCUCUGCCUGGAGUCCUCGCCCAGAGAAAACCCGUCCAUAUUUGUGCAUUCGCCUCACGCUCUAAUGCUUCAGGAUGUUAAGGCCAUCGUUACGCACUCCAUUCAUAGUGCCAUUCACUCCAUUGGCGGCAUCCAGGUGCUGUUUCCUCUCUUUGCACAGCUGGAUUUCCAUCAGCACAAUGAAAGCCAGGUGGAAACCACAGUGUGUUCAACUCUUCUGGCCUUCCUGAUGGAGCUUCUCAAGAGCUCAGUGGCAAUGCAAGAGCAGAUGCUUGGUGGGAAGGGUUUCUUGGUGAUUGGGUACCUCCUGGAAAAGUCAUCACGGGUGCACAUCACCAGGGCCGUUCUGGAGCAGUUCCUGUCUUUUGCCAAAUACCUGGACGGCCUUACCCACGGUGCACCUCUCCUCAAACAACUCUGUGACCAUAUCCUGUUUAAUGCGGCUAUUUGGAUCCACAUACCCGCAAAGGUGCAGCUCUCGCUGUACACAUACCUUUCGGCGGAGUUCAUUGGCACGGCAACCAUCUACAACACCAUCCGUCGAGUGGGGACCGUGCUGCAGAUUAUGCACAUACUGAAGUACUAUUACUGGGCUGUGAACCCUGCGCACACCAGCGGCAUCACACCCAAAGGCCUGGACGGUCCUCGGCCCUUGCAGAAAGAGAUCACCUCCCUCAGAGCCUUCAUGCUGCUGUUCCUCAAACAGCUCAUACUGAAGGACCGAGGUGUUAAAGAAGAUGAGCUUCAAAGUAUUCUCAACUACCUGCUGACCAUGCAUGAGGAUGAGAACCUCCAUGAUGUUCUUCAGCUGCUUGUGGCCCUCAUGUCUGAGCACCCUGCCUCCAUGAUUCCUGCAUUUGACCAGAGGAACGGCAUCCGGGUGGUGUACAAACUUCUGGCUUCCAAGAGUGAAAGCAUCCGAGUUCAGGCUCUAAAAGUUCUGGCAUAUUUUCUCAAACACUUAGGCCACAAGAGGAAGGUGGAAAUUAUGCACACAAACAGUCUCUUCACACUUCUUGGGGAGCGACUGAUGUUGCACUCCAACACACUGUCGAUAACUACAUACAACACACUAUAUGAGAUUUUGACAGAGCAGGUUUGCACACAGGUCGUCCACAAGCCUCAUGCUGAGCCCGACUCUACUGUGAAGAUCCAGAACCCAAUGAUUCUUAAGGUGGUGGCCACACUGCUGAAGAACUCCACGGCCAGUGCUGACCUGAUGGAGGUGCGGCGUCUCUUCCUCUCUGACAUGAUCAAGCUCUUCAGUAACAGCCGUGAAAACAGACGGUGUCUGCUGCAGUGUUCCGUUUGGCAGGACUGGAUGUUCUCUCUCGGCUACAUUAACCCUAAGAACUCAGAGGAGCAGAAGAUCACUGAGAUGGUUUACAACAUCUUCCGGAUUCUUCUCUACCACGCCAUCAAGCAUGAGUGGGGUGGCUGGCGUGUGUGGGUGGACACACUCUCCAUAGCCCACUCCAAAGUGACAUAUGAAGCUCACAAGGAAUAUUUAGCCAAAAUGUAUGAGGAAUACCAGCGACAGGAAGAGGAGAACAUUAAGAAAGGGAAGAAGGGGCUUGUCAGCACCAUUUCGGGGCUUUCUGCCCAGGCUUCCGCCAUUAAAGGCACUCUAGAGCUGGACCCAGAUUCCCAAACCCAGACUCCUGAGAGUGAAGCGGAUGAACCAGAGAUGACAGAUUCCGGGCCGAACCUCUUGUCUGAAUCUAAGAGUUUGGAAGAAGAGAACCCAGCGUCAGGUGUCCAUGUGGAAGUUCAUGACCUGCUUGUAGAUAUCAAAGCUGAGAAGGUUGAGGCCACUGAGGUGAAGAUGGACGACAUGGACCUUCUGCCUGUCACAGAAAACGGUGGCUUGGUGGAAGUGGACUCUCUCCUGGAUAACGUCUACUCGGCUGUGGUGGAGAAGCUGAACAGCAGCGUAAAUAGCGUGCUGGUACCCAAAGCCAGCCUAGAAGACAAAAGCUCAGGUCCUCUUAUCACCCUGGCUGACGAAAAAGAUGCCAUUUCCAGCAACAACACCUUCCUCUUUGGCACGAUGGCAACUAGCUCAGGGGAAAACCUCCUGCCUGAAAUGGGACCAUCUGAACCUCUUCCGCUUUCAGGAGUGGAACCUCAGGUUCACACCAGCACUAGUGCAGACCUUGGGCUUCUGGCUCUCAUGACGAAGAGCUCGACAGAGCUGGACGCCAACCCAACUGCUUUGGAGGAUGAUAGCUUUAAGAUACAGCCUACUUUGAGUGGUUUCAAUGUCUCUGAGGGGGAAAGCCUGUCUAAAUGCCCUGGUCAGAUAGAGACAGUGGCAGUAGAGCUGGAGCCAGGGGUUUCUGGGGUAAAGAGCACUGCAGAUGUUACCAGCACCACAUCAGACACAGAAAAAUCAGAUGAUGGCAAAGAUAAAGAGAUUAAGAAGAUUCAGACUACUACUACAACACAGAGUUUGCACGGCCGUUCAGGUAGUCAUCUGGAUAGAGAUCUGCGGGUGGAUCUGGGCUUCAGAGGAAUGCCAAUGACAGAAGAGCAGCGUCGACAGUUCAGCCCUGGUCCCCGCACCACCAUGUUCCGUAUCCCAGAGUUCAAGUGGUCCCCAAUGCACCAGCGCUUACUUACAGACCUGCUCUUUGCACUAGAAGCAGAUGUACACAUUUGGAGAAGUCACUCAACGAAAUCCAUCAUGGACUUUGUCAACAGCAACGAGAAUAUAAUCUUUGUACACAAUACCAUUCACCUGAUCUCACAGAUGGUGGAUAACAUCAUCAUCGCCUGUGGAGGAAUCCUUCCCCUUCUUUCUGCUGCCACCUCGCCCUCGACUGAAAUGGAAGGCAUCGAGGCAACACAGGGCAUGUCUUCUGAGACGGCCGUGAUCUUUCUGACCCGGCUGAUGGCCAUGGUCGAUGUGCUGGUCUUCGCAAGUUCACUCAACUUCAGCGAGAUUGAAGCCGAGAAAAACAUGUCCUCAGGUGGACUGAUGCGACAGUGCCUCAGACUAGUAUGUUGUGUGGCCGUGAGGAACUGUUUAGAGUGUCGUCAGCGUCAGAGGGACAGGAGUCUGAAGUCCACUCUUUCCUGCAGUAAGUCUCAGGAGGGCCUGCAAAGUGUGUCCACGGCCAGCAAGACCACCAUAGAAAAUUUUCCAAGUAAUGUUUCUCCAAUUAAGGACCCGGACCGACUUCUGCAAGACGUGGACAUCAACCGUCUGCGAGCUGCUGUCUUUCGUGAUGUAGAUGACAGUAAGCAGGCCCAGUUUCUGGCUCUCGCUGUUGUCUAUUUUAUCUCAGUGCUCAUGGUGUCCAAGUACCGGGACAUCCUGGAACCCCAGAGGGAGACUGUCAGGUCUAUCAGCCAAUCAGGAAGAGGCAUUCGGCAUGAGAUAAAUUCCCCCACCAGCACAGAACACCCAUCGGUCUUCUCUGAUGGUCGCAAGGAAGCUCUCAGUGUUCUGGAGGAGUCACGUCAGGAGUCAUCCCUCCCUCACUCUGACUCAGGACUGGGUGAUGAUCAGGUAUCCAGUGUGAUGAAUGGGGCCGACCUGGAGCUCGCCAUGGGUGGUCCGAAUGGCAUGAGCGGACUGUUCUGCACCCUGUCAUCAGAGGCCAGGUCACAGGAAAGCUUGACUGAGCCAUCACCCGUGGAGCUCCUCAAACCCGCUUCGUCCAUCUCCAGCAUCAGCCAGUCCAACAAAGGCAUCAAUGUCAAGGAAAUCCUGAAGAGCCUGGUAGCAGCUCCUGUGGAGACCACAGAGAGUGGGCCAGACAGCCUGCCAUACCCUGACCACCAGGCCAUGAAGAGGGAAGCCCAAGCCAUGUUACCCAUGCAGUUCCAUUCCUUUGACAGGAGUGUGGUGGUACAGGCCAAGAAGCCUCUGUCGGGCCUGACGGUGAACACCGUGGGCAGUUCUGGCUCCAGCAGUGCUCUGACCUCUGGUAGCACACCGAACAUCUUCGCAGCUACAUCGGCUACACCCAAGAGCAUGAUCAACACUACAGGAGCCACAGAUUCUUCCACUCCCUCUUCUUCCAGCUUUGUGAAUGGAGCCACCAGCAAGAAUCUGCCUGCGGUUCAGACUGUGGCCCCUAUGCCUGAGGACACCAUGGAGAACAUGAGUAUCACCACUAAACUGGAGCGAGCUCUGGAGAAGGUGGCCCCAUUGCUGAGGGAGAUCUUUGUGGACUUUGCACCUUUCCUGUCUCGUACUCUGCUGGGCAGUCACGGUCAAGAGUUGCUCAUUGAAGGUCUGGUGUGCAUGAAAUCAAGCACCUCUGUGGUGGAACUAGUCAUGUUAUUAUGCUCUCAGGAGUGGCAGAACUCGAUACAGAAGAACGCUGGCCUGGCUUUCAUUGAGCUUAUCAAUGAGGGAAGACUCCUUUGUCAUGCCAUGAAGGAUCAUAUCGUUCGAGUGGCCAAUGAAGCAGAGUUUAUCCUCAACAGACAGCGAGCCGAGGACGUCCACAAGCAUGCAGAGUUUGAGUCUAACUGCGCACAGUACGCGGCAGACAGGAAAGAAGAGGAGACGAUGUGUGAUCACCUCAUCAGUGCUGCCAAACACCGUGAUCAUGUGACAGCCAAUCAGCUGAAACAGAAGAUCCUCAACAUCCUCACCAAUAAACACGGAGCCUGGGGCACAGUAGCACAGAGGAGUUCCUGUCUUUUCCCCUUUUCCAGUCAGCUGCAUGACUUCUGGCGUCUGGAUUACUGGGAGGAUGACCUCCGAAGGAGGCGGAGAUUCAUCCGAAACCCUUUUGGCUCCACCCACUUGGAUAUUACGUGCAAAUCACUGGAGGACUACGGCCCUGAGGAAGACGAGGCACUGAGAGGGAGGAAGGGCUUCCGCGGCCAGGCGGUGGUCAGCCAAAACCCUGAGACAGACUUGAUGCUCGAGGGGGACGAUGACGCUGUCAGUCUGCUACAGGAGAAAGAGGUGGAUAACCUGGCAGGCCCUGUUGUUUUGAGCACCCCGGCCCAGCUUAUUGCCCCGGUCACUGAAGCUCGUGGGACUCUCUCCAUCACUACCACGGAAAUCUAUUUCGAAGUGGACGAAGAUGACCCAUCCUUCAGACGCAUCGAUGGCAAAGUGCUGGUCUACUCUGAGGGGCUUCACGGCAAAUGGAUGUUCAGCGAGAUCCGAGCAGUGUUCACCCGACGCUUCCUGCUUCAGAACACGGCACUGGAGAUCUUCAUGGCCAACAGAACGUCCGUCAUGUUUAACUUCCCCGAUCAGGCCACAGUGAAGAAGGUGGUCUACAGUCUUCCUCGUGUAGGCGUCGGCACAAGUUACGGCCUUCCACAAGCCAGACGGAUUUCUUUGGCCACCCCUCGUCAGCUCUUCAAGUCCUCUAAUAUGACUCAACGCUGGCAAAGACGGGAGAUCUCGAACUUUGAGUACCUGAUGUUUCUCAAUACCAUUGCAGGAAGGACAUACAAUGAUCUGAACCAGUAUCCUGUUUUCCCGUGGGUCCUUACAAACUAUGAGUCAGAAGAGCUGGACCUGACAAUUCCCGGCAACUUCAGGGAUCUUUCAAAGCCAAUCGGAGCGCUGAACCCAAAGCGUGCUGUGUUCUACGCCGAUCGCUAUGAAUCCUGGGAUGAGGAAACUCCACCCUGCCACUACACAACUCACUAUUCCACCGCAGCCUCCACCCUCCACUGGCUUGUCCGAAUCGAGCCUUUCACCACAUUCUUCCUAAACGCCAACGGCAACAAGUUUGAUCACCCAAACCGCACUUUCUCUGGCAUCGCCCGCUCGUGGAGGCACUGCCAGCGUGAUACUGCAGAUGUGAAGGAGUUGAUCCCUGAGUUCUACUACCUGCCAGAGAUGUUUGUGAACAGUAAUGGCUACUGUCUGGGUGACAGGGAUGACGGUGUCCCUGUUUGUGAUGUAGAACUACCAGCUUGGGCAAAGAAACCAGAGGACUUUGUCAGGAUCAACAGGAUGGCUCUGGAAAGCGAGUUUGUGUCGUGUCAGCUGCACCAGUGGAUUGACCUUAUUUUUGGCUACAAACAACGUGGGCCCGAGGCAGCACGCGCCCUCAACGUCUUUCACCACCUGACCUACGAGGGCUCCGUCAACCUCGACAGCCUUGCCAGUGAUCCCCUAUUGCGUGAGGCCACCGAGGCUCAGAUCCAAAGUGUUGGACAGACGCCAUCUCAGUUGCUCAUCGAGCCUCAUCCUCCCCGUAGCUCUGCCAUGCACCUGUGUUUCCUUCCGCAGAGUCCGCUCAUGUUUAAGGAUCAGAUGCAGCAGGAUGUCAUCAUGGUGCUGAAGUUUCCCUCCAACUCUCCUGUCACUCACGUGGCCGCCAACACGCUGCCCCACCUGACCCUCCCCGCCGUCGUCACCAUCACCUGCAGCCGGCUCUUCGCCGUCAACCGCUGGCAUAACACAGUGGGUCUUCGAGGAGCUCCAGGAUAUUCACUAGAGCAGGCCCAUCACCUCCCCAUUGAGAUGGAUUCGCUGAUUGCGAACAACUCGGGCAUGAACAAGCGUCAAAUCACUGACCUUGUUGACCAGAGCAUUCAGAUCAACACUCAGUGUUUCGUGGUGACGGCAGAUAACCGGUACAUCCUGGUGUGCGGUUUCUGGGACAAGAGUUUCCGCGUUUACUCGUCAGACACAGGCAAGCUCACUCAGAUAGUGUUCGGUCACUGGGACGUGGUCACAUGUCUGGCACGCUCAGAGUCUUACAUCGGAGGCGACUGCUACAUUGUGUCGGGAUCCAGAGAUGCCACUCUGCUGCUCUGGUACUGGAGUGGGCGGCACCAUAUUAUAGGAGACAACCCUAACAACAGUGAUUACCCAGCUCCCCGUGCGGUUCUGACCGGUCAUGACUAUGAGGUGGUGUGUGUGUCAGUGUGUGCUGAGCUGGGGAUUGUAAUCAGUGGAGCAAAAGAGGGGCCGUGUCUGGUCCACACCAUCACUGGGGAUCUUCUGAGGGCUCUGGAGGGCCCUGAUAGCUGUGUGCUUCCCCGCCUGAUCUCAGUGUCCAGUGAGGGCCACUGCAUCAUCUACUAUGACAGGGGGCAGUUCUGCAACUUCAGCAUCAACGGCAAGCUGCUGGCCCAGAUGGAGAUCAACGAUUCCACACGUGCCGUCCUCCUGAGCAGUGAUGGGCAGAAUCUAGUGACUGGAGGAGAUAACGGGGUGGUGGAGGUGUGGCAGGCCUGUGACUUCAAGCAGCUGUACGUCUAUCCUGGCUGUGACGCCGGCAUACGAGCCAUGGACCUGUCACAUGAUCAAAGGACUCUGAUCACGGGCAUGGCAUCUGGUAGCAUCGUGGCUUUCAACAUUGAUUUUAAUCGCUGGCACUUUGAGCAUCAGAACAGGUACUGAGAGCGGUCAGCCAACCAGCCUCGGAUGGUAACGUGCCAUUACAGGAGGUGAUGUAGCAACAGAAAACGUGGAAUGAAAGAAGUAACACAAGGCUAGUUGAAGAAAUCACAGCAGUUUAAGGGAUCUCAGCUGCUUGAGCAGAUCUAUAAAUGUCUCAAACAUGCACAGGAGCGAUUAAUAGACGACUAUUUCAAAAUGAAUCGAGAGAGCACAGAUGGAGGCCAGCAUAGUUUUUCAUAAAUUCACAAAUUAUUUUAUCUAAAUGUCAUCUGAGCCAACAAUAGUCUUGUUGAAAACAGCCUCUUUACUUGUAGUCCCGUCAUUUAACACUUUGCAUAAUAUUUUUAUGAGGUUUAUUUUCUACUGGCUUCUGGUGUAUUUCACUUUCUCUAGGUUUCUUUCUACAGGCCUUCAGGAAAGAAAAGCUACCUGAACAAUAAACAAAAUGAUGCAGAUCUCUGAUGCUCAUGUGUGUAAAUGCAGUAAAAUUUCUUUCAAACUUGUCUCUGAGGCUGCUUUCUGAACUAUUCUGCAACUGAUUUAUGUUUGUCCUGUGUUCAUGCAUUUGACAUUAUCAAGUGCUUUUGAUAUGAUUGUAAAGAGAGAGAAAAAAGAGAAGCUCUUUUGUUUUAAUGUGACGUCCUGUAAUGUUCGUUCAGUCCAUUCUCCUAAUGUGAGGAUGAAUUGUUUGUUUAUUGUGGAGGUAUUUCAUUUCAAAUUGUGAGCUAGAUUGUAUUUGGACUUCUUGAUGGAUGAUGCAGUGUUAAGACAUUGUUUUGGUAUCAUAUGCAGUCCAGGAAUACUCAACAUGUCAAGCACUAAAUGAGGGUCAACGCUGAUGGUGCUGGAAUAGAUCAACUAGGCAAAUAUCAUUGUAAUUCUUGUGCAGUUUUACCAUUUAAAAUUAAAUAUAUGGUUUUACACAUGUGAGAAGACAACAGUGAGGUUUUUAAACCAGUAUUUGCACUUUUAACUAAUUUUUUUUUUUUUUUUGGCUGUUUUGCUGUAUCACAUUCAAAUACAUCAAGCCUUGUACAUCUCAGAAAACAUCAGUUGUUAAACUCUGAAUUUUUGUUUUUCACAAGAUAUUUUGAGGAUGAAGAGGGUGCGCUAAACAUCAUUUGUUAUAUUCCUUUACUCUAUUAAAUUGUCUGCUGCCAUCAAGAUCUUUCAGAAUUGCACUUGUAAACAGAAAAUAUCAUUGUAAAAUCACUGCUGUAAGCAAUACAUGAUGUAUGAUGUAUGUGCAUCUUUAAUUCUAAUUCAUAAUGUAAAUCAAAUCUAUUACUCAAGAGUUUAUGGAUCAAAAAAACGAAACUAUUUUUAAUUGUUUUAGUGCAAAUAUGUCAAAUAUUCUGCUGUAAGAAGACAAAGCAUUGAGUUUUUUUUGCCAAUCCACACAAUAAAUAUGGUGCCAUAUAGUUAACAUUUUAUUUACAAGAAUAGCAAUUUAGAUUUGAUAUACUGAGCAAUGGUUAUUUUUAAAACCUUAAAAAUGAGUUUACCUUAAUGUCAUGUUUAUGUUGAAAUGCUUCAGAUUUCAAAUGAUUUAUUUGAUGUGAACAGUUUCCAUCAGGAACAUUGCAAGUAAUGGUGCCUGCUAAUUCAGCAGAUGUGUUUAAGUUUGUUUUUAGUUCAAACUGUUCAGUAUGUCCUAGUGAAUCAUUGUGAUGAAAUGUAUUAGCCUACUUUUUUUGUUUAUAAUAAAAGAUUAUCAAAUGCA